CUCGUCGUCUGCUUUUCCUCGGUGCGGAACACAAGCCCCUGCCGCCUCCAUUACCGGGCUGUGCCUGUGCGAGGCUGCGAGCGUGGUGGCUGUGUCUGGCUUUGCGGCGGCGGCGGUGAUGGUGGUGGAGAUGGACGGAGGCGUGGGAGUAGCAGCAGCAGGAGGAGGAGGAGCGCAGACGCCGGCGCCGCCGCCGCCGCGGCGGUGGCGCUUGGCGGACGAGCGGUGCGACCUGCGCGCCAUGGAGACGGACUACGUGCGGCGGUUCCACCGGCACGAGCCCCGCGACCACCAGUGCUCCUCCGCCGUCGCCAAGCACAUCAAGGCGCCUGUCCACCUUGUCUGGUCCCUGGUGAGGCGGUUCGACCAGCCACAGCUCUUCAAGCCCUUCGUGAGCCGGUGUGAGAUGAAGGGGAACAUCGAGAUCGGUAGCGUCAGGGAGGUCAACGUCAAGUCCGGGCUGCCGGCCACAAGAAGCACGGAGAGGCUCGAGCUGUUAGACGACGACGAGCGCAUUCUCAGCGUCAGGUUCGUUGGAGGCGAUCACAGGCUGCAGGUAUGCUCUGUUCUUCAUCUAUCUAUAUUCUGUGCUGCCCAUGCGAGAUAUUUUGCCCACCACCUCAAAUGCGUCCUGGAGUUCCUCUGCCAGAUGCAUCUUGAUGUGCUGCCCUGCGACGAUGCCAUCCUCGAGUGAUAGCCCCCCAACAAACUCUUGUCGUCUAUCUAACCAGAAAACAAGCAGCGGUUGUUGUUGUUGUUAUGUACCGGGUGAUGUUUGCAUGCUCUCAACUCCAAGCAUGGCACUGACUUGCCAUCCUUUGACCUUACAUGCCAAGUUCAUCGCAUGAGCACCUGUCACUCGCUGUCGCUUGUCGUGCUCCGUCCGUUUGCCCUCACUCGUCAUCAGCCAGCGAUAGCAACAAGUGGCCCAUGGUCACAACUCACAUGCGUUGCACCUGGAUAAUGGACGAUGGACGCCACCUGGAUAUAAGUUUAUCCGGCCCUGACCCCCUUGGGUUGGUUGCAAGAACGCCAGCGUGUGUGAAAGCUGACGACUAGUCUAAUUCAUCGAUCUGCUGCAUCUCACCUUCCUUUUCCUUUGCCCGCAGAACUACUCCUCCAUCCUCACCGUCCACCCGGAGGUCAUCGACGGCCGGCCAGGGACGCUCGUCAUCGAGUCCUUCGUCGUCGACGUCCCCGACGGCAACACCAAGGACGAGACCUGCUACUUCGUGGAGGCGCUGCUCAAGUGCAACCUCCGGUCACUCGCGGAGGUGUCCGAGGGCCAGGUCAUCAUGGACCAGACGGAGCCCCUUGACCGGUGAAUAAUGAGUCGGACCAUUAUAUUGCAUUGCAUUCUGUGUACGCGUAGACCUGUUCUCCAAUGCAUGGAGCCCCUAGGUUCUUGGAAAACUGCUAUGCCGCGUUCAAAGUCAAGUUCUUUUUCCCCCUCCUUGCGAUUGUGUUUUUCUGUUCUUCUCCGGCGUUGUAUGUCGCGGAGGGAGAAGUGCAGAGUAUGAUGUGCUUGAUGAAAAUUGAAAGAAAAAAAAAAGAAUUUAG